GGUUGUUUUGGUUAUACAAAGCUGUGUUGUAAACAUGUAUUUUUCUUCUCUAUGCUCAUGAUCUAUUUCCCUGCGCGCAAAUGACAGACAGAGGAGCGUGUAUUAAUCCUGCUGUAGGACUGACUCAUUGCUGCCAGCACUUAACAGUAACAGUAGGUCAAACAACCCCCUAAUAUGAACGAGUCACUCAGAAAAACGAAUCAUGACACUCGAGUCAGGGAAAAAAAAGAGUCGUUCAAAAAGAACGAAUCGUUAGCGAACUGCACAUCACUAUAGAGAACCACCGAGAGGACAGCUAUGGACUGAAAACCAUCGAAAGGGGCAAUACACCGAAUGGAAAUGUUCAACAGAUUCUCAAGAUCUUGCACACUAAGGAGAUGCUAUUGAGCUCACGCUAAUACAACUGUCUGAGCCAAGGAUGACAUGCUUUCUGAUCUAAAUGUAUAUCAUGAACACAGAUAUGAUUCCAAAAUUCACCUCGAAAGACGAGGAGAUUGACUUCUGGAAGACUCUUUCCCUCAAGUACCAGAAAAAUUGCCAGGAGGCCCAGGAGGAGCUGCUGGAGUUUCAGGAGGGCAGCAGAGAGCUGGAGGCAGAGCUGGAGACCCAGCUGGGCCAGGCCGAGCACCGCACGAGAGUCCUGCACUCUGAAAACAGCAGGCUCAAGAAAGAGGUGGACUCACUCAAGGAAAAACUGGAGCAGCAGUAUGCCCAGAGCUACAAACAGAUCAACAUGCUGGAGGAUGACCUGGGACAGACCCGGGGCAUAAAGGAGCAGCUCCACAAAUACGUGCGGGAGCUAGAGCAGUCCAACGACGACCUAGAAAGAGCCAAGAGGGCUACAAUUGUGUCCCUGGAGGACUUUGAGCAGCGUCUGAACCAGGCUAUCGAGAGGAACGCCUUCCUGGAGAGCGAGCUGGAUGAGAAGGAAUUCGUCCUGGUCUCAGUGCAGAGAUUGAAAGAUGAGGCCAGAGACCUGCGUCAGGAGCUUGCUGUCCGAGAGCGAAAUACGGACGUAACCAGGAUGUCGGCGCCCACCUCGCCCACCCAGGAGGACAAUGACCAGAUGGAUUACUCUGUCCAGGCCUCACUGUCUCUCCCCGCAACGCCGCUCGCGAAGAGUCUGGACAAUGCCUUCGCCAACCCCACAGAGUUGUCCAAUGGCCUUGGUAACUCACUGACUCCCUCUGCUAGAAUAUCAGCCCUCAACAUCGUCAGUGACUUGCUACGGAAAGUGGGGGCUCUGGAGUCUAAGCUGACAGCCUGCAGGAACUUUGCCAAGGACCAGAAAGCCAGGAACUCUUAUGCCAUCACGGAAAAUGGGAACGUGAUCAACGGCAACACAGCCAAGUUCUCCCAUAUACUCCACACGACGUCGUCAUACUACGACAAAACCAGGGCGAUGAAUGGCCUGGACCCCGGCACACUGACAGCCAUCACAGCACCCCCCUCUCUCUCCCCCCCUGACCUACUGUCUCUCAUUGUGUGACGGCGACAGACAGUCCCCACUGCCAAGCCCCCCCCCCAAACACCUUCCUUCUGCCAAUGGACAAGACUAUGUCUUAAAACAGAAAGCAUUUGUGUUGACUUUCAAAUGAGGACAUAAAAAUGGCCCGCACGAUUAAACACUUUUCACAUACUGUAA